AGCCUAAACUCUUUUUCUUAAUUGUCAAGAAUGUUUUGAUUUUUUGUGUUUAAUUUCUUUCCAAAAAAGAUAAAGGUUAAUUUUUAUUUUAUUUUUUACAUAUUUUCAUUUAAAAAAAUUCAAUAAAAAACAAAUUUUGUUAAAGCCGCUCGCAAGCAUAUCCAUGAUUUCUUAGGUGGGCAGAGAAGCUGAUCCUCCGGUCGUCGCUGCAGCUCUGCGGAGUCUUGAGAGACUCCUUGCGCGUUCGGAAUUUCAAUCACACCACCCCAUUCUCCACCACUUUCUCGUCAUUUCUCACUAUUUUCUGCUCAUUAACCAUGGAUUUGGCGGCUAAACUUCAUCGUCUCGAUCUCCAGUCGACGUUCCUCACGGGCUCAGCUCUUCUCGACGCCCGAAAAUCGGCACUCCGGCCACGUUUCCGGUCAAUUUCAACUUCCAUAGCCUCCCACUCCCUCUCGGGUAAUGUCGGUUCAGUCAGAAAUACCACUUUUUUCAAUCGUAGAAGUAAAAACCCUUUGUAUAAAUUAUCGGCGGUGGCUGUUAAAACAUCGGUGGCCGAAACUAAUGUUGAAGAAGAUAUAGAAUCGUUGUUUUCAGACAAUUCCGUGAGUGAACUUGAGCGCAAACGUGUGAAUAAGCAGUCGAGUAGUGGCGCUUCUAGUAUAUUGUCGGGUGUUCGGUUAGAGAAUAUAAGUAAAAGCUUUAAGGGUGUGACACUGUUGAGGGAUGUGAGUUGGGAAGUGAAGAAAGGCCAAAAGGUGGGGUUGGUGGGCGUAAAUGGUGCAGGGAAGACAACCCAAUUGAGAAUUAUUACAGGGCAGGAAGAACCUGAUUCAGGAAAUGUGGUCAAGGCCAAACCCAAUAUGAAAAUUGCGUUUUUGAGUCAAGAAUUUGAGGUUUCCUUUAGUAAGACAGUGAAGGAGGAGCUUAUGAGUGCGUUUAAGGAGGAGAUGGAGAUAGCUUCGAGGUUGGAGAAAGUGCAGAAGGCAAUAGAGAAUUCAGUGGAGGAUUUGGACUUGAUGGGAAGGCUUUUGGAUGAGUUUGAUUUGCUUCAGAGGCGAGCACAAGCCGUCGACUUGGAUGAAGUGGAUUAUAAGAUUAAUAAGUUGAUGCCUGAACUUGGUUUUGCACGGGAGGAUUCAGAUAGGUUGGUGGAAUCUUUUAGCAGUGGCUGGCAGAUGAGGAUGUCACUUGGGAAGAUUUUACUUCAGGAUCCAGAUUUAUUACUUUUGGAUGAGCCGACUAAUCAUCUUGAUCUUGACACCAUUGAGUGGCUUGAAGGUUAUCUUAGCAAGCAAGAUGUGCCAAUGGUCAUCAUAUCUCAUGACAGGGCUUUCCUUGAUCAGUUGUGUACAAAAAUUGUGGAAACUGAUAUGGGUGUAUCCAGGACGUAUGAGGGAAAUUAUUCUAAUUAUGUCAUUGCUAAGGCUACAUGGAUUGAAACUCAGUAUGCAGCAUGGGAAAAGCAACAGAAGGAAAUUGAGCAGACAAGAGACUUGAUAAACAGGUUAAGUUCUGGGACGAAUGCCGGCCGUGCAUCAACUGCUGAAAAGAAGCUGGAAAAACUUCAAGUAGAGGGCCCAGUUGAAAAGCCAUUUCAUAGAAAACAAAUGAAGAUCAGGUUCCCUGAGCGUGGAAGAAGUGGAAGGUCUGUUGUAACUAUCAAGAAUCUGGAAUUUGGCUAUGAGGAUAAUGUACUAUUUAACAAGGCAAAUCUUACAAUUGAAAGGGGAGAGAAAAUUGCCAUUAUUGGCCCAAAUGGGUGUGGAAAGAGUACUCUUCUUAAACUCAUCAUGGGUUUAGUGAAGCCAAGAGGAGGUGAAGUGCUGCUUGGGGAGCAUAAUAUCCUGCCUAACUAUUUUGAGCAGAAUCAGGCUGAGGCACUUGAUUUGGACAAAACAGUGGUUCAGACAGUUGAAGAGGUUGCUGAAGACUGGAGAAUGGACGAAAUAAAAGGACUUCUUGGUCGUUGUAAUUUUAAAUCUGACACGCUUGAUAGAAAGGUUUCCGUUUUGAGUGGUGGUGAGAAGGCGCGUCUUGCUUUUUGCAAGUUUAUGGUGAAACCAUCAACCUUGCUAGUCUUGGAUGAACCAACCAAUCACCUGGAUAUACCUUCAAAAGAGAUGCUUGAGGAGGCAAUAACGGCAUAUGAGGGUACCGUGAUCACUGUUUCUCAUGAUCGAUACUUCAUAAAGCAAAUAGUUAAUAGAGUAGUGGAGGUUAAAGAUUGCAAUUUACAAGACUAUGCUGGUGAUUACAAUUAUUAUCUAGAGAAGAACCUUGAUGCAAGGCGGAGGGAGCUACAACGUGAGGCUGAGCUUCAGGCGACCAGUCCUAAAGUGAAAGCCAAAUCCAAGAUGUCAAAGGCUGAGAAGGAAGCUCGUAAGAAACAGAAAGUGCAGGCAUUUCAGCAAGCAAAAGCAAGAUCGAAGGGGCUGAAAAAUGCUAAAAGAUGGAAGUGAGCCACGCUGUCUUGAUAAUUUCAUUGAAGAUCCUCCAUGGUCAACAAAUUUCACUCUGUAGAAAGCUCAUGAAGUGCCCAGCCUGAGCAGAGCACUCAUGUCCAUGUGUAAUGUAUAUUAUUAACACUUUUAUAUAGCAAGGGUGUUUAAAUCUAAAUGCUGAAAUGAUUAGCGGAUGACAGAGUUUUGUACUGUAGAGACCAAGAUUGUGGGUCUGAGAAUGGGAGUUUUAGGGAUAUUUACUGGCGCCAAAAUCCCUCCUAUAAAUCCUCCUUUGUAAAUAUACCCUUUCCCUUGCCUACAAUUAUAUAAUCUUGCAAUUUAUGCA